AGGUUCAUGGCGGAGAUUAUUCCAUUAGCGAACGCUUCAAUGGCAAUUAUUUCCGGCCAUCAUUUUCUACCUCUCUCUUUCUCUCUCUAGCUUCUCUCGAUCCAAUUCAUCGUCCUCACGUUUUGUUUUCACAAACAUUCAUCUUCCUCGAUCACCUCUCACAUUUUUUUUUCUGAUUUCCUUUUUUAGUAAGGUUUCCACAUUUACAAUUUCUAGGGUUUUGGUUGUGCCGGAGAUGGUAAUUUGAAAGGUAAUGGUGGAGGAUUCAGAGGAAUUGGCUUCGUAUUGUGGGGUUUUCUGGGUUCCUCAGGUGUAGAUCUGAGGUUGAUUUUCUCUUCUUUCUUUCUUUCUUUUUUUUUGUUGGUAUUGUGUCUGGGUAAUUGUGGAGUCGAUGAGCGCUUCAAGGUUUAUAAAGUGCGUCACCGUUGGUGACGGAGCUGUCGGCAAAACAUGUUUGCUGAUUUCUUACACCAGCAACACCUUUCCCACGGAUUAUGUGCCGACUGUGUUCGAUAACUUUAGUGCAAAUGUGGUUGUUAACGGGAGCACGGUGAAUCUUGGAUUGUGGGAUACUGCAGGGCAGGAGGACUAUAACAGAUUAAGACCUUUGAGUUACCGUGGUGCUGAUGUUUUCAUCCUAGCCUUCUCUCUCAUUAGUAAGGCUAGUUAUGAGAAUGUUUCCAAGAAGUGGAUCCCAGAGUUGAAGCACUAUGCUCCUGGUGUCCCAAUUGUCCUUGUUGGUACCAAACUAGAUCUUCGGGAUGACAAACAGAUUUUUAUCGACCAUCCUGGUGCUGUCCCUAUUACCACUGCUCAGGGAGAGGAGCUCAAGAAGCUAAUUGGAGCGCCUGCUUACAUCGAGUGCAGUUCAAAAUCACAAGAGAACGUGAAGGGAGUCUUCGAUGCAGCGAUCAGAGUAGUCCUUCAACCUCCAAAGCAGAAGAAAAAGAAGAGCAAAGCACAAAAGGCCUGCUCCAUUUUGUAAUAGCUUUCAUGGAGGCCAAGAAGCUCUUUGAAAUGUCGAUGACAGGGUCGCUAAGAAAAUAUUGCGUUUUCAUUUUUUUGUCUUUUGUUUUCCGUAUUCAUUGUGAUUGCUCUCUCUCUCGUAGUUCCUUUAAAAACGAAUUGUGGGUUUCAUUUAGCUAAUAUUGCAGUUGGAGUGUCUCUCUUCCAUUCUAAAUGUAUGUACAACAUGAUGAUAUGUAAUCCCAAUUCUCAUGAAAAA